CUCGCACCACUGCACCAUGUCCGGCCAGCUGGAGCGUUGCGAGCGCGAGUGGCACGAGCUGGAGGGAGAAUUUCAGGAACUGCAGGAAACUCACAGGAUCUACAAGCAGAAGUUGGAGGAACUGAAUGCACUCCAGACUUCGUGUAGCAGCUCCAUCAACAAGCAGAAGACCCGACUGAAGGACCUGAAACUCACACUCCAGAGGUACAAACGCCAUGCCAGUCGGGAGGAAGCGGAGCUCGUUCAGCAGAUGGGUGCCAACAUCAAGGAGCGGCAGAACGUCUUCUUUGACAUGGAGGCCUACUUGCCCAAGAAGAAUGGGCUCUACUUGAAUCUGGUUCUUGGCAAUGUGAACGUGACCCUUCUCAGCAACCAGGCCAAAUUUGCCUACAAGGAUGAGUAUGAGAAGUUCAAGCUCUACCUGACCAUCAUCCUGCUCCUGGGUGCUGUGGCGUGUCGAUUUUUCCUUCACUACAGGGUGACAGAUGAAGUCUUUAACUUCCUGCUCGUAUGGUAUUACUGCACCCUGACAAUUCGGGAGAGCAUUCUUAUCAGCAACGGCUCGAGAAUUAAAGGCUGGUGGGUGUCUCACCACUACGUGUCCACGUUCCUGUCUGGAGUGAUGCUGACCUGGCCUAACGGACUAAUUUAUCAGAAGUUUCGCAAUCAGUUUUUAGCGUUCUCCAUUUUUCAGAGCUGUGUCCAGUUCCUGCAAUAUUAUUACCAGAGAGGCUGCCUCUACCGACUGCGGGCCCUGGGGGAGAGGAAUCACCUGGACCUCACUGUGGAAGGAUUUCAGUCCUGGAUGUGGCGAGGCCUCACCUUCCUUCUGCCCUUCCUGUUCUGUGGCCAUUUCUGGCAGCUCUACAAUGCCGUCACAUUGUUUGAGCUCUCCAGCCACGAGGAAUGCAGAGAAUGGCAGGUGUUCGUGUUGGCGCUGACGUUCCUCGUCCUUUUCCUCGGCAACUUCCUGACCACACUCAAAGUCGUGCACACCAAACUCCAGCAGAACAGAAGCAAGGCCAAGAAGCCGUGAGCCGCGGGGCCGGCGCUCCUCGAGACCCCGGACUUUGAGACUGCAGGGGAUCCCAGGUGGCGUCCUUGCUGCCCAUCUUCUCCCCAACAGCACCAGUGACCACUGGCAGCGGUGACCUCAGGGGCCAGUGCAUCGCUGGGAGCAGGGCCGAGGCCCGGUCCCCAGCUGGACAAGAGGAAUGUGACCCCAGCCUGUCGGCGCAGUAUUAGCCGGCCCCAUCCUCCCUAUUUAUGACAUAUUUAAUAUCGCCUGCCCCCUUCCCUAGAAUCUGCUGCCCUCCUUCCCCCGCUGCUCUCUCGAGACUGGGUUAGACUUCCUGGGAGGGGGCGGGGGGAACUAAGCCUCAGGGACCCCCUCUGUUCCCCAUCCUGUCACUGAGCCCCUCAGGUUUGGGCUUCAGACGUGCCUCGCUGGGGUUGGAGCCUCCCACCCUGGGCGCCGCUUCUGCUGUGAGCUCCGGCGCGCUCCGGGGUGUUUCAGCUCUCAGAGAACCACUGUCGGGUCUGUGCCUCCUGCUAUUGUGCUUCCCAAGUCGCUGGCCACCAGGGCUUGGCCUGAGGCAGGGGAGUUCCCCAAGGGUCACCACCAGAGGGCACCCCUGCACUGUUUGGUUGGUUUGAGGGCGUGUUUCCCUCCCACCGCCCCCACCCCGGACAAAGUUUGGGUCCACUCUUGUGGGGGAGUUGCUUCCUGACCCCCACUCCUCAGCCCACCUUCCCAGAUUCAUGCAGUGAGUAACUCAGGGAGUGGGGACAAGAUUCAGCUUUGGCUGGGACUUCAGCCAGCAUGGAGGUCACCCGUGCUCCGGGCUUCCCCCCUUCACCUCAGAGGUUCUGGAAUGUAGGGGGGGAGGAGAGGCGAGUCUGAGCAGGCUCACUUUGUGGAGGUCACCCUCUGAAGGUCGUGGCAGGCCUGCUGGUCACCUCACAUUAGGUUCGCUAUCUGUGAAGAAGACAAAAGGUUUGGUUGCAUUUUCUGCGUCUUCUCCUCGUAUGGGCUUCAGGCGCCCUUAACAACUUACCUAGAAAUCUGUUGGCCAGAGUUCACAGAUGGUGUCUGUAGUCAUGCUCUGGCCCUCGAAGGAGUUUAAAUUUUCAAAAUACAGUAUUUCCCCUCCCUCCAGUAAGAUUCCACAUGAAAAAUCCAGAUUUCUACUUUCCCUAGAGAGAUGGAAAGAUCUAGAAACAUUCCCACAGAGCAGCAUUUGGCUGGGCUGAGCUGCCUUGCCUAGGGUGGGGGCUUGCUUUCUAGUUUGCCCCACUACUUCCUUUCAUCCCUACCCUACUUCACUCAUUUGGGUCUCCCAUCUGGCCCUUUAGGAACUUGGGUUUGCCCCAGCCUAGGAGUUGGCAAACUUUUUUCUGUAAAGAGCCAGAUGGCAAAUAUUUUAGGCUUUGAGGGCCAGAUGGUCUGUGUCACACGAGUCUGCUGUUGGAGGGCAAAGGCAGCCAAUGCAUAAAUGAAUGGGCGUGGCUGUGUUUCAAUAAAAGUUUAUUUACAAAAAUAGGCAGUGGCCAGAUUUGGUCCAUAGACUAGUUUGUGGACCUCCUCUGUCCUAGACCAUCCUUUCUUUGUCCACGAAGCUCUGGACUGAAUGCUCUGUUGACUCCCCCUAGGCAUGGCAGGGCCUUGGGAAACCUAGGUGGGGUAGGGUAAGUUUUGUCUCUUUCUCAGGCCCAGUGGAGGCCAGAGCACUAGGCAAGGGAGGGGGCAGAGGCAGAAGAUACCAAGGAGGGCAGGAACCACCUGACGCCAUGAUCUCAUAGUAGGUAAAGCUGAUUCCCCAGCUUAUUCAGGAACCACCAGCUCACAAUCUCUGGGGCAUCAGAAUCACUUGGGACCCCAGACCUUUCAGGAGGUUCAGUGAAGGUGUGCUGGGGGUUAAUCUCCCAGGAGGCCAGGAUGGCCUUGGUGUGUGGUCUCCACACCUCAGCAGCAGGGGGGGCUGUUUGGGACAGAGGGCAGCCUGGUGACAAGCCAGUGCCAUCCUUCUGCAGGUAAAGAAAUCUGUAGAGAGACCUGACUUGCCCAAGAUCACUCAAGAGCCGCUGUUACUUUUCAUCUCGGGUUUCUGGCAAGUCGUGGCCAGGGUAGGGUCACAGACGCUGAGCAGGGAUCAAAUAGAUGGUCCAGGGAAUUCUUCUUGUAUUUAGAGAGAGGUUCUCUGCCCCCCUGUGCAUCCAACUCUGGAAAGAUGGUGGCCAAGCUGAAGGCUAAGACUGAAGUCCUCUGUAUGAAGUGGAGGAGGGAGGGCCCCCAUGUCCAGGGCUGAGGCCUGUGUUCUUCUGAUAGGCCCCAGGCCCACUGUGGUGCCCGAGUUCCUGGGCGGAGGAAGCGAGAAGCUGGAGGAUGCGACCGUGCCUAUCUCGGGGGCCCAGGGAGGCGGGUGACUUGGGAAAGCAGGCUUGGGAGCCCUGUGGAAGGCUGCCAAGUCCACAUUUAUCCACGUACCAGAUGUUGUUUCUUGUUUCAGGCAUGGGCUUGGAGGACCUGUUGGGUGUACAGAGGGGGGACACAGCUGGGGCUGGUUGUGACGAGGGCACUCCUGAGUGCCGGGGAUAAGUGCUGGUUUCAGGGUACAGAGGGACCGAGUCCAGCACCCCCCACCCUCACCACCACUGUGACCACACAGGCUGGAGCGGAGCUUGUGGUCAGAGCUCCAGCUGGGAAAGGAGAGUUCCAGAAUGUUCCAAGAGCCUGGCCACAGGCUCCAGACACUAGGUCCUGGAGGCACCCGACGCCAAGUGCCCUUCGAGAGCUGGGGCAGGGGCAGGGUCUGGGCAGCAGCGGGGGCCUGGGGGCCUGGGGCCUGUCAGUUCUGUCGUGAGGGCCGCAUGCCCUGCCGGGAGCUGUCAGAGCAGCAGGCAGAGCCGGUGUUGUUUCUGCCGCUGUGCUUUCUUCAGAGCGCUGAGGGCAACCUUAGCGGCCUCCCGGAAGACGUCCUCCACAUUCUCCCGAAAUUUGGCAGAACAUUCCAGGUAGAGGGCGGCUUGGAUCUGCUCACAGGCGCUCUGGCCCUGGUGGGGGGAGGGGCAGAGAUUAGACCGCGGGCCUGGGGUGCCUCUUGUUGAGACCCCACUCACGAAUUUGUGGGCUUCCUGGGGCCAGGGCCCUCUCCAGGUUGUGCAGGUGGGUCAUAAGGGCUGGUUUGGUGUGGCCCACGGGCUGUGGCUGCUGGGAACUCCGUCCUGGCCUCCACCUCACGCUCUCCCCGAACUGAGGUGGAGACAGGGGCUGACUUCAGCCAGGAACUGGGGUGGUCUGUUGUGUCUGCCAGUCUGGUGAGAAGUGUUGAAGGCCUCAAGACAUAAGGGCUUCCCACAUGCCUCUCUCCCCGCUCGUCUCAGAAGCACAGUUUAGGCAACUGAGCUGGCUAUUAGAGUAGAAAGAAAAAUACUUCUAACAAAUUUAUUAAUGCCUAUUCCUUUUGAUUAAACUUUAUUCAUUUUC